AUGCUAGGGGGAGGAGUCGGCUUUGCAGCUUCUGCAGCGCAUGGCACCCGCCAGGCUACACGGCAUUCAAGGCGGCAAUUUGCUACGGCGUCGCCAGCUUUACCACUCGCAGGUCCUAGUCGAUCGGACCUGCACUUUGACGUCGUUAUCGUUGGUGCUGGUCACGCAGGAUGCGAGGCGGCUGCAGGUUCGGCGCGCACAGGAGCACGCACGCUGCUUGUGACGACGAACAAACACAGCAUAGGGGAGCUCAGCUGCAAUCCGAGCCUGGGUGGUGUUGGCAAGGGCACGCUGGUGCGCGAGGUCGAUGCACUCGGCGGACUUUGUGGUAUCAUUGGCGACCGAGCAGGAAUACAAUUUCGCAUGCUCAACAAGUCGAAAGGUCCCGCCGUGCAUGGACCCAGGGCACAAAUCGACCGAUCACUCUACCGACAACAUAUGCAGGAAGCAUUGCGGCAAUAUCCGAACCUGACCAUAUCUGAAGCCAAAGUGCACGGUUUGCAGUUGGAUUGGUCCAAUAGAGCUAGCUCUCAUCACGGAAAUCAAGGAGAAGGUGAAAAAGCCAAGGCAGUAGUUCGCGGCAUCGUAACCACCAAUGGAGACAGUAUCAGCUGUAGUCAAGUCAUUCUUGCUACCGGCACUUUCCUCUCGGCCGACAUCCAUCUGGGGCUUGAGUCGAGAUCAGCCGGACGCAUGCUUCCCUUGCCUUCGAUCAAUGACGACCCUGCAUCUGACGGACUGAGCCAAAGUUUGGCUCGAGCAGGGUUUAAGCUUGGAAGGCUCAAGACAGGUACGCCUGCGAGGAUUGCUGCCUCUUCGGUCCGCCUCGGCAGUCCUUGGCAGAUCGGCAGCAAAGUCGAUCCCCGACUAGAGGUGAUUCACGGUGACGCUGCACCAGCAGCCUUUUCCUUCCUCCACGAUGCGCCCGACAUCGCUCCUGCUCGUCAAGUCGAGUGUUGGGGUACGCACACGACGCCAUUGACGCACGAGAUCGUGCGGCAGAAUCUUGACAAGUCGAUACACAUCAAAGAAACCGUCAGAGGGCCGCGUUACUGCCCUUCGAUCGAGUCCAAGGUGAUUCGGUUCAAGGAAAAACAGGCACAUCCGGUUUGGCUCGAGCCGGAAGGUUUACCCGGGACAAACGAUGGAUCAGUUCUGUACCCGAACGGCUUGUCGUGCACACUUCCGAGCGAGCAGCAGGUAGAAUUGCUGCGCAGCAUUCCGGGUCUCGAAUGCGCCGAGAUGAUACGCGCGGGCUAUGGCGUCGAGUACGACCACGUUGAUCCGCGAGAGCUGCGCCACAGCCUCGAGACGAAACGAAUCGAGGGUCUGUGGCUGGCUGGCCAGAUCAACGGUACGACAGGGUACGAAGAAGCUGCAGCUCAAGGCUGCGUUGCCGGUCUCAAUGCCGGUCUCAAGGUUAAUGGCCUCGAUCCGCUUUCUAUCGGAAGAUCAGGAGGAUACAUUGGAACGAUGAUCGACGACCUUGUCAUGCAAGGUGUAGAAGAGCCGUAUCGGAUGUUUAGUUCUCGCAGCGAGUACAGGAUGACCUUGCGUGCUGAUAACGCAGACAAGCGCCUCACACCGCUCUUGCGGGCAGCUUACUCGGCAGCGGUAGGCGAGCAGCGAUGGCAACGUUUUUGCGCGACACAAGCUGACAUGGACCAGGCGCUUGCACUGCUCAAGGCGAAUCGAAUGAGUCCGCAUGGCUGGAUGAAGCAUGGCUUUCAUUGCUCGGGUGAUUCGCACGAACGAAGCGGGCUAGAUAUGCUCAAGCAGCCACGGCUGGGCAUCCGCGAUCUCAUUCCGGUAAUUCCUGCGCUCGCAAACCUCGGCACUAUGGUGAUGGAUAGAGUAGAGAUAGAGGCCAAAUACAUGCCCCACCUAGAGCGUCAAGCUCAAGAGAUCGAAGCGUUCAACAAAGAGACGCAGCUGCGCUUUCCUGAAGGAUUCAACUUUGGUUCGGUGCCUGGACUCAACUCGCAGCUACGUGAGAAGCUGGAGCUUCUGCGCCCUACAUCGUUGGCUGCGCUGAAAUCGAUACCCGGAUGUACACCAUCCAAUUACGCUACACUCUGGCGCUACGCUGUGCAGCUGGAAGAUAGUGAGCGGUCACCCCGGACUAGCAUGUAG